AGCCACUAAGGUAGGUUCCGUUGUGUCACCUUCUGAUCUAUAAAGAAUUAAGAGUGUGGCUACAGGAAGCAGUCUCAGCCAAGGCUCUGGAGGGUGAGUAAGGGAGAAAAGGAUGACAGCAACCCCAGGAAUAGAAAUGAGAGCACAGGAGCUGAUGACACCUACCCAUGCACGGGCCCCUCUUCCCAGAAAAAAGGUGCCUGGCCAAAAUAAGAAAAGAGUUACUUGUUUCACGGAAGGACCAACGGUAAUUACGAGAUCAAUGCAAAAGAAAAAAGAUCUGCUGUUCCUGAAGUCUACCGAGUCCCUUCCUAAUAUCUCAAGGCUCCUCGUCCGAGCUCUUGCCACUCGUGAGUCAAACAGUGGGCUGACUUUUGCCGAGUUGAAGGAAAUGCUUGGUACUAAAGGUUACGAUGUGACCAGACACUGUCCCGAUCUCAAGAGAAAACUGAAUUCCUUGGUUUCCAAAGGCGCCUUGGUGCGGAUGACUCACCAAAGUGGGUCCAUGUUUUUUGUCGUCAGAAAGUAUCCGGAAAAAGCUUCUGAAAUAUUUGGAAACUCGGAUGAGGAGGUUGGGACAGAGAAGGCCCAGGGAGUGGACAAAAGAAAAGCCACACGAAGUAUGUCUCCCAAGAUGAAGGGAGGUGCCCAACCUGCAAAGAGUCCUGGGCAGAAGACUCAAGAAGGUCAAAGAAGUCUCCAAAACCCGGGCAAGAAACUACAACCGAGAGAAAAGCAAUCAAGACAAUCUGCCCGCUCAAGCAAUUCUGCCAAGAGAUUCCAGAGUAUCUCUUCUACCAGUAAAAGAUCAAGUCCUUCAAACAGCAAAGCCCAGCUCCCGACUAAAAGGCCCCACUCAUCAAACAGGAAAGCUGCUUCUAGUUCAGAAGGUCCCAGAAAAUGCAGAAGACAGGCUGUACCUUCUUCUUCCAAGAGAGCAAGAAGCACUGUCUGCAAAAUCACUGCGGAACAGUCCAGGUGCUCCAGCCGCAGUGUCCUAGCCUUAGCGAAAGAGCAGGGAAGUCCCUACGGCCGGGAAACCCGCAGUACAAACAAAAUCAGAUGUUGCCAGAGUAGAAAUGUGUCUCCUCCUCAAGAACAAAGAAGCCCCAGGCGUAAGGCUCCCCAUCCCACAAAAAAAGCCAAGAACAGCAGGGUGCCCAAUACUACUAAAAGGGCAUAGAGGAGAUUGUGACACCAAAUUCCAAACCAAGACACAUUAUAGAGGGAUUGAAUUCUUCUUAUACUUAUACAUAUACAUUGAUAUAUACCUUGAAAAUUACAUAAAUAUUCAGUAAAAAGACCAGAGAUGACC